AACCCCUUCAAGGGUGCAUGAUAAGCGCAUAUAUGUCUAUAUUUUUGUCCCCUGAAAUUAGUCUUAUGGUUGUCUUCUAUGUGUUAUUUUAUAAUAUUUGUUGACUUUUAUUAAUAAGUGAUUUAUUUAUGUCCAUAUUAUAUUUUAUUGAAUAAUUAGCUUAAAUAGUGUUAUAUUUUAUUAUAGGUAUUUUACAAGCUCGAUUUGCUAAAGGAAGACAACAAAAACUAAAAGAAAGAAGAAGAAAAGAAAAGAAAAGAAAAGAAAAAGAUAUAAGUGAGCCUAAGCUCACGUGGGUUUGUCACGUGAAGGCAACAAAACUAUAUCUUUUAAUUCAUGCUCCUGAUUUAUAUGCUCAGCAAACCAAAGCAACAGAAGACUUUCCGAAUUCCACGCAAGAAACAAAGAGAAGAUAUGAUUUUAAUCUCCUCAAAAUUUCGAAGAUACAAAUUGUUUAGUAGAUUUUCAGUUAUGAAACUCUAUCUUUUUGAUUCUAUCUUCUACACAUUUAGAUAUAAAUUCACCAUUUUUCUGAGAAAAAAAAUACGCACACAUACGAGAGAGCUCGUGAGAGUGAAGAAAAUAAUCGGGUUCGUCCAAGAUCGACAAGUUGAUAGGAAUUGAAGAAAUAUUGCGUUCGGAGGCGAAUUGAGGGUAGCGGCUACAUCAAUUCGGGUCUACAGUCAUGAGUGCAUGAGUUUGGAUACGGCAACCAAACUUAAGCGUAUAAACCUGUUUAUUGAAACUCUAAACGAAGCUAGCUCAGAGAAAUUACUUUACAUCUUUCAAGACAGACCACGUGAAGACUCAGAGAUGGGUGAUGAAAGAACCUUGAAGGAAUUAGGAGCUCCUAAGCUAGAUGAUGAACCUCUCUGCAUUGUUUUUCCAACCUUGGAAAGACCUUUGAAGCUGAACUCAGGUUUUCUUAAUCUCCUUCCCAAAUUUUAUGGGAACGCAGGUGAGGAUCCUCAUAGACAUUUAAAAGAAUUUAUAGUUGUUUGUUCAACCAUGAAACCUAAAGGAAUUGAACAAAAUCAAGUAAGAUUGCAUGCUUUCCCAUUUUCCCUACAUGAUUUAGCUAAAGAUUGGUUUUAUACUAUGUCUUCUGGUUCCAUUACGAUUUGGGACGCCUUACAAAAAGCUUUUCUGGAAAAAUUCUUUCCCGCCAGUCGUAUUGGAUCCAUAAGAAAGGAAAUAUGUGGAAUUAGACAACAUAAUUCAGAAACACUUUAUGAAUAUUGGGAACGUUUUAAAAAAUUAUGUGCUUCAUGUCCACAACAUCAAAUAACUGAUCAACUAUUGAUUCAAUAUUUUUAUGAAGGAUUGUUGCCUAACGAUAGGGGUAUGAUUGAUGCUGCUAGUGGUGGUGCAUUAGUAGACAAGACACCAACUCAAGCUAGGAAUUUAAUUGCUAACAUGGCCCAAAACACUCAACAACAUAACACUAGAAAUGAUGUUAAAAGGGUAAAUGAAAUUGACUUAAGUGGUGUUAAAUCUCAAUUGCAAGAAAAUGCUCAACAAAUUGCUACUUUGACCACUUUAGUGUCUAAAAUUGUUGUUGGAAAUGAGUCUAGAGCUAGAGUAUGUGGUAUAUGUUCUGAGUUUUCUCAUGCCACUGAUGCUUGUCCUACUUUAAAAACUGAAGAUGUUAAUGCCUUAGGAGGUUUUUCCAAUCAAAGAAAAUAUGAUCCUUAUUCACAAACUUAUAAUGAAGGUUGGAAAGAUCACCCAAAUCUUAGGUAUGGAACUAGACCACAGUUUUCACAAACUAAUCAACCUAGGCAAUUUGGUGUACAAACCCCUCCACCUCAAUCUUCUGGCCCAUCAUUAGAAGAUUUAGUGAAGCAAUUAACUACUCAAUAGGUCAAGUUCACAACCAUGGAAUCGAGUAUCAAAAGAAAACUGAUAAUCACCUUCACCACAUAGAUACUCAAAUAGGACAAAUUUGUACUUCACUAAGUAACCUAGAAACUCAAUUCUCAGCUAAACUACCAUCUCAGCCGCUACCUAACCCAAAAGAAAAUGCCAAAGCCGUGACCCUUAGGAGUGGGAAAGAGUUGAGUGAACCUAAGGCAAAGAGUCGCGAGAUUGAAAGAGAGAUAGAAGUUAAACCUGACGAUGAACUUAAUAUAAGGGGAAAUGGAGAGAUUGAGAGUAUGAAAGACAGAAUGGAAGGAAGGGUAAG